AUACAACCCGCCAAUGGCAUGGCGUAUGUCCAACCGACAUCUGUUAUGCAGAUAAAGCCAAACCGAUAUGUUGACACCAAUGGAAAAGUGGAUUUGCCCUACCUCGGGGAAUGGAAGCAUGGUUCAUCAGAUUUAUUCACCAUGAUCCAGAUACUGACUGUGAAUUUCAGCGAGGAAUGCCACCAGUGCCAUACCCCACCCCCGAACAGCCAGGACAUGUGGCAGGACAGCCUCCAUACCCUACACCAGGCAAUCCAGUAUAAAAAUGCUGACGCCACCAAACGAGAAGUACUAAAUGUUUUAUCACGGUAUGCAGACCUCAGGCCACAGAGUAGCCCAUUCGUUUUUAACGAUGGAACAGAGAAACAGCUUUUGAAUUUAGAAGGAACUAUUCCAGUCCCAUACAAAGGCAACAACUACAACAUUCCAGUAUGUAUCUGGAUUUUAGACACACACCCAUACAACCCGCCAAUGGCGUAUGUCCGACCGACGCCAGUUAUGCAGAUAAAGCCAAACCGAUAUGUUGACGCCAAUGGUAAAGUGGAUUUGCCCUACCUCAGGGAAUGGAAGCAUGGUUCAUCAGAUUUAUUCACCAUGAUCCAGAUACUGACUGUGAAUUUCAGCGACGAGUGUCCCGUGUUCUCGCGCAUGGCCCCGCCACGGCCACCAGUGCCAUACCCCGCCCCAGGACAGCCUCCAUACCCUACAGGGCAGAUUGGAAUGCCAAUGCCAGGGUCCAACCCGUCUUUUCCAACAUACCCAGGUGGCAAUCCUCCCUAUCCGCCACAAGGUGGGGGUAGCUCCACGAAUAUUCAGCCCCCUCCUUACCCAGCCUCCAGUUAUCCCAACCAGAAUUUUGGAAGCUAUCCCCCGGCAUACCCAGCCCAGCAGAAUGCGUACAGUGGCAGUCAGCCUACACCGUAUCCAGCAUCAUACCCAUACGGCAGUAAUCCACAGACCCCGUAUCCUGCUGCUACGUCGUACCCUGGCACCACACCAACAGUUAACAACGCUGUGCAGUCACGGCCAUCGACUGGAACGGUCACGGAGGCACACAUUAAGGCAUCGCUGCUGUCCGCAGUGGAAGAUAAAAUCAGGAGACGACUGAAGGAAACAUUUGCUCAGGCACAGGCGGAGAUGGAUGUUUUGAGAAAAACACAAUCUGAACUUGUGGCAGGCAAGGAAAAGUUGGAAAGAAUGAUUUCAGAUUUAGAAAGAGAAAAGACUGAUGUUGAAGAAAACAUUAAAACGCUGAGAGAGAAAGACAAUGAAGUCAAGGAGGCUGUGACCAAGCUAGAAAACAGUGGCCCGUUAGACAUAGACGAGGCCGUUGUUACGACGACUCCUUUGUAUAGACAACUUUUAAAUUCCUUUGCUGAGGAACAAGCUUUGGAAGAUGCUAUAUAUUAUUUAGGUGAAGCUAUUAGGAAAAAUGUGAUAGAUUUAGACGUCUUUCUCAAGCAAGUUCGAGAAUUAUCACGGCAACAGUUCAUGUUACGAGCCUUGAUACAGAAAUGUCGAGAAAAAGCUGGACUGCCACAGUUUUCAUAAUUGUUGCAGCUGAAGUUCUGAGUGCUAAACAUUUCAGCUCCCCUUGAAUGUGACAUGAUAGAUCUGCAGUAUUGCAGAGGGCGUUCCUGCUUCAACAGCAAACAACCCCAUCUGUAGCCAAUUUAUUUUAAUUUAAAUUUAAAUUAUUUCAAUGCCGACUUCUAGUAAUGGUAUGGGGCAGAAUGUUGCUGUAGUUCGAGUCCUCACCUGAGGUGUGAUAUGUCAUAGGAUCAGUCACCCUUGGUGGCCCCCGUUGUUUUAUUUUUUAUCAUCAUCCCAGUCAGUGCCGCAUGACUGGUAUAUGAAAAAAAUAGUGUGUGUGCUGUCCCAUUUGUAGAGAAAUUGCAUGUAUAAGAUGCUUUGCUGCAAUUUCUUACCUAUUGUCAUGUGUGGCACCAAUCAGUAACUGUUGUAGUUUAAAAUGUGCUGAGGCUUCAUUAAAUAAACAUUCCUUUUCUUUCCUUUUCCAAUUAAGAUUCAAGCUUCAUGCCCUGUCCACAUCUGAGAUGUGUAGGUUAUCAAGGCCAUUAUCACGGGAAAAGAUUUCAAAAUCUUAGGUUACCAGAGGUCAUUUUACAUGAUGGGCUCACACAGUAAUAAAUUUUGGUUUCGCCAUUUGUUAGAUAUGUACAUGUAUGUCGAGUACUUCCUUGAAAAUUACUAUAAUGUGGUUAAUUUAAGGAAUAUUUUAUUAGCCAAAAACUAAAUGUUAUAGCGAAUUUGAAUAAAAAAUCAUCAAUUAUCUAAUUUGGCCAUGUCCAGGGUGAACCCUGCACAUAGACUUUGACCUAGAUUUUUGAGUUAUGUGAAUGGAAUUUGUGUAACCGGUCAGUUACCUAAUCAUAACACACUUGUAUUAUGGUUCCGUAUUACAGUAAUUGUCAAAACUGAUUUUGCAAUGAGAGAUUAUUUUUCAUUUUGACUACUCGUGUGUUAACCAUCAAGAGUGUCCACAAAUCAUACUAGAACAGUCUAGAAUAAAUUAUUUUUGGAGAAUGCAUAAUCCUGAAGUUAUAUUAUAGACAUAACAGUUCACCACACAUCAUAACCGAUUGGUGGUUCGCAUGAAUUUAAAAUUGUGAAAUCAACAUUCGACUAGAAUGAUGGGUCAUAUGAAAUAUUGUUCGUAUUGAAAUAUGAACCCAGCAUCUACUUGCCUAAAAUCAGAUGGUUUAACCAGUGGGCCAUCAAGACCAUUAGGCAAAUAGUAAUUUAUUUAUACAGAUACAUCGAACAGUUUUAUAUAUGGCAAAAACAAAACAGUUUUACGGAUGAGCCUGAAGUUUUCAGACAGAACAGUAAUGCAUGUUCAACAUAUUUUAGUAUGCUAUAUGUUGAAUAUUCAUGACUGAAUCAGAUGUCACAUUAUGUAUGUUUAACAUAUUUUAGUAUGCUCUAUGUUGAAUAUUCAUGACCGAAUCAGAUGUCACGUUAUGUAUGUUCAGCAUAUUUUAGUAUGCUAUAUGUUGAAUAUUUAUGACUGAAUCAGAUGUCACAUUAUGUAUGUUCAACAUAUUUUUGUAUGCUAUAUGUUGAAUAUUCAUGACUAAAUCAGAUGUCAUAUUAUGAGGAAAGCAGAAUUAGCUUUGAUGAACAUUUUCUUAUUAUAAAUUUGAAUAAUUAAUUUAUUGAAAAUAAAUGUAGUUCUUAUUUGUCUGCUAUCCUCAUGAAUGUUUUUUACUAUUUCCAAGGACUUUCAGAUCAACAAUUGGACAUUAUUGGAUUAAAAUGUGGGGUUUUUUUUUUUCAGUUUGAAGCAUGUGUAUAAAAAAAAUAAAAAAAGAAGGGAGAAAAAGCAUUUCUGCCCUUAAUGAUAGUCACUGGAAUUAGACUGACAUUGACUAAUUACUGGUUGUACAAUGCUUGCGUUUAUGCUAAAGUUAAUUGUAGGCUUCUUUUUUUGUUUUAGUUUGAUGAAUGCAAAUAAAUGAAAUUAAUUAGUUUUGCUCUUUCAAGUACAAAAAGGUUGUUGUGAGGAUGUGAACAUACUUUGCACAACUUUUUGAAUGUGGUGGGGAAAAUGUAUGCACUUACCGGUAUGUAUAGAAGAUAAAAAUUGUUUUGUUCCAUUUGAAAAACAAAUGGUCAAAAAAACCCAAUCAAACUCAAUUUUCUUUUAGAGAAUUUUUGAAAAUUCAAAUGUAAAUACCGGUAUUAAUAGUAUUUUACUGCUGUAAUCAUAAAACAAAAUGGAGUUAAUUUUUAAUGUCAACUUUUAGUCUUAGACAGCAAUAAUGUUCCUAGUCAGGUUUUUGUUGAGGGUUUUUGGGGGGGGGGGGGGGGGG